AGCAGCUCCUUGUCUUCUUCUGUGCUUUCUUUGCAAGAAAAGUCUGUAUCAAACAGAACCAUGAAACACAGCACGGCUCUGCUCCUGCAUCUCCUCCUGGGCUCAUGUUCAGCCUACACUUACCAAAACGUGGCCAUACGUGGAAAAGCAACCCAGUCAACCCAGGCUGACAGCACAUAUUCAAUGGCUGGCAAUGCCAUCGAUGGAAACCGAGAUCAUGACUUGAACUCUGGAUCAUGUACGCACACUUUAUCCCAGACCAACCCCUGGUGGAGAGUAGACCUGCUGGACUCCUACAUCGUCACCUCCCUCAUCAUCACCAACAGAGGAGACAGUGCUGCAGAGAGACUCGACGGGGCCCAGAUUCACAUUGGAAACUCUUUAGAUCACAAUGGAGUAGCAAACCCACAGGUUGCAGUAAUCCCUCAUAUUCCAGCUGAAAGGUUUUUAAAAAUUCCCUUAACCAAACUUGUGGAGGGACGUUAUGUGACUGUGACUCUGACUGGACAUGACAAGAUCCUUAGCCUCUGUGAAGUGGAAGUGUACGGAUACCGUGCACCAACAGGAGAGAACCUUGCACUCAAAGGAAAAGCCACACAGUCAUCAUUUUAUGACGCAGAAGGCGUUGCAUACAAUGCCAUUGAUGGGAAUCGUAACAAUGACCGGGCUGUUGGGUCCUGCACUCACACCAAACAUGACUUUGGUCCCUGGUGGCGACUGGAUCUGAUAAAUACCCAUAGAGUGUUUUCUGUUAAGAUCACAAACCGCAGAGAUUCCCGGUUCUCCUCACGACUGAACGGAGCAGAGAUUCGUAUUGGAGAUUCUAUUGACAACAAUGGCAACAGCAAUUCCAGGUGUGCUGUGAUUGAAAACAUCCUGGCGGGUGUUACUGUUGAAUUCCAGUGUAAUGGGAUGGAUGGUCGCUAUGUAAACAUCGUUAUCCCUGGUAGACAUGAGUACCUGACCCUGUGUGAGGUGGAGGUUUAUGGCUCUGUCCUGUAUUAG